UGUUGUGUGUAACGAUGCAGGGACAAAGCUAACAGCCUCUGGGGAUAACAGGAACGUCUGUCCGUAUUCAUUGCUUCAAGGCGACAAGUUCAGAAACAUGCCGUCUUCGGGAUGCCAAAUCUUGGGAAUCUGCGUGGCCACGGUCGGCUUCUUGGGAAGCAUCGUCAUCUGUGGCUUGCCCAACUGGAAGGUGUCUGCCUUCAUCGGAGCCAACAUUGUGACCUCGCAGGUCAUUUGGGAAGGAUUGUGGAUGAACUGCGUGGUCCAGAGCACAGGACAAAUGCAGUGUAAGGUCUACGACUCUCUGCUGGCUCUUCCUCAAGAUCUGCAGGGCGCCAGAGCCUUGGUGAUCGUCGCCAUCAUCGCUGGGGUCGUUGGAAUCCUCCUGAGCAUCGUGGGAGGAAAGUGCACCAACUUUGUGGAAGAAGAGGCGUCUAAAGCGAAGGUCGCUAUCGCCAGUGGCGUCACCUUCAUCAUUGCUGGACUUCUUGUCCUCGUCCCUGUCUGCUGGACCGCGAAUACCAUAAUCAGGGACUUCUACAACCCUUUGUUGGUGGAAGGUCAGAAGAGGGAGCUUGGGGACUGUGGACGUGGCUAACUGAAUCUCAGCGAGAUGGUUUCUCUGGGCAUGCACAUGCUAGCUAGCGCCUUGGCGUUACUGGGAUGGGUGGGAGCCCUCCUGUCCUGCAUCAUGCCAAUGUGGCGUGUGACGGCCUUCAUUGGGACCACCAUUGUAACUUCGGAGAUCAUGUGGGAGGGCAUUUGGAUGAGCUGCGUGAUCCAAAGCACAGGUCAAAUGCAGUGCAAACCGUAUGAAUCAACGCUCGCGCUAGGCACGGAUCUACAGGCGGCUCGGGCCCUCACGGUGAUGACGGUCCUUUUGGGAGCAGUGGGCCUUGUUUUAGCCUUCAUCGGAGGAAAGUGCACCAUCUUCAUGGACCGCUCCAAAAGAUCCAAAGCCAGGAUAGCCACAGCAGCCGGCGUCACGCUGAUUGUCGCCGGAGUUCUCUGCAUGAUCCCCGUCUCCUGGUCGGCCGGCAUUGUGGUGAGAGCGUUUUACAACCCACAGAUGGCAGAUUCGCAGCGAAGGGAGAUCGGUGGUGCCAUUUACCUCGGUUGGGGUGCGUCCAUCGUCCUCAUUUUGGGAGGAGGAAUGCUCUGCACCACUAUCUGCAAAGAAAAAGCAGAAGACGACAGCGGCCGCUCAGUCAAGUACCUGAUCGUGCGCUCUUCGCAGGCGGGGUCCAGCAGGGCGGGCUCCCAGAGGAUGCGGCCCGUCUCUGUGAGGUCGCUGCAGAGUGCCGCUCCAUCUGUGAGGUCCCAGUGGAGUCAGAAAGCUCCUUUGAAUCAUGGCGGACCUCCUUCUGUGGGCUCCCAGCAGAGCAGGCCGUCAACUACAAAGUCUCAGCUUGCCAGAGUCGAAAUGAUGCCAGAAUCUGAGCAGGAUGAGGGGGCGUCAACUAAGUCCCAGCUGAUCAAUGAGGGUUUGGAUCAGACGCUGGCUGCCUCUGAACCUACCGAGACUGAAGAUGCUCCCAAGACAUACAUUUAAAUAAGGAGACACCUGGAAAUGUCAAAUCUUGCCAUUGAUUGAAGGACUUGCAUGCACUUGGACAGUCUCAUAUCUGCCAUAGCACUGUGUGUGAUCAAAUGAAGAAUAUGUUGGUGGCUGAACCUUAGCACUGAUAAUGAUCUUAGUUAGUUUAUACUGAUAUUUUUAGAGAAUUUGAGGUACUUUAGGAAGUGCAGCUGAUCGAGAUGAAGAUUUGCACUGUAACUUAUACUCGGACCUCAGCAGUGAUGAUUAUUAUGCUGUUUUAUAGUUAAUUUUAAUAGCUUUUGUGUGUAAAUUUAAUGUAUGUUCAUGAUUGUAAGCACAGUUCUCCUUUAUAGCGUAAAAAUAGCUUACGCCUCCUUAACAAACGUAAGGAAAUUUGUCAGUUUUAUUCAAAUACCAUGUUGUUUCCCUGCUAGGAAUGAAUAUUUUCUAGUUGUCAUAUAAAAGAACUGCUAUGAUCUUGGCCACACAGGUGGUCUUUCAGAGAUGGACAAUGGUUUUGUUCAAAUCUUUUCCCUCUUGUAACACUCUUUUUAUUGUUAGCUUUUCAUGUAUGUCAGCUUGAGCACUGAAUGGAACGGCAGAUCCAGGCCAAACCGGUUCAACAGAAAGUGUCACCUCACGAAAGCUCUUUGCAUUUGUCGAGACACAGAGUGUUUAAAAAGAGUGUGCUGUAGUGAAGCUUGAGCUGAAGUGAUAAAAACAAAAUUAAAAUCUUAAUGUUUAUCCAUUUUGCUUGAAAUUUCAAUUCAUUAAAUUGCUCAAUGCUUCCUGAAUGCCUGUGAACCUGUUAUGAAUGUUUAUAAAAGGACUUAAACUAA